CAGGAGGAAGAAGCCAAUCUUGGUUGGGAAUUUAGGUAUUUUGCUUCACCAGAAGAAAUCUUGUCCAUUUCGUCUCUGCAUACAUUAUAUUCGCCUAUUUUUCAUCAGGUGUAUCGUUCUGCUAUCCCCUCUAGCCUCCCUCCCUUUUGCUUCGCCUCUCUCAUGGAGACGUACGAAUGAUAGAUGGUCAUCUGCCACCUAUAAUCAGCAGAAGUUGCAUCCACGAGCUACGAGGGUUCACCAGUAUGGAGGCCGCUUUAGUAUCGGGAUUGUUCAAGCUAGCAGGAGUCAAACUACUUCCUCUGAUAAGCAGUGAGUUUGCCUCCAUAAUGGGUGUUAAGAAAGAUCUCUGCGAGCUUGAACGCCUGUUUCGAGAAAUCACAAGUAGGCUGUCAGCUGUUGGGGAUAAAAUAACAGAUAGUGAUCCAUCAUUUUACUGGCUCAAAGACUUGAAAGAUGUUGCUUAUGAUUUUGAUGACCUGCUGUAUCGGCUGGAAGCUGAGAAAUACAAGGUGGACAUGGAUGGUAACAAGCAUGAUAUGGCUAGCUGGUUCUGUGCAAAACCGAAGUCCGCGCUGUCCCGACUCGAGAUGGCCCAGGAGAUCAAGAAAAUCAAGAAGAGGUUUGCUGAGAUUGUGAAGCAGAGAACUGAUGUCAAUGCAAUAACAAAUAGUUUAGUUGCCGAGCAUCCUCUUCGACAUGUAAACAAGACAAUCGGGGAGAUGUCAAUAUUGGUCAAUAUAGAUGAGACAAAGGUAUUUGGUAGGGAUGAGGUCAGGCAUAAGAUCGUAUCUAAGCUAGUAAACUCUAAUACCCAAGAGAAGAUCUCGGUAAUUUCUAUCGUUGGACUAGGUGGGUCCGGCAAAACUACCCUGGCUAAAUACAUCUGCCAGGAUAACAAGAUAAUGGAGCAUUUUGAAUCUACUUGGUGGAUUCAUGUGUCUAAAGAAUCUGAUGUGGAGAAGCUCAUUGGAAAGCUUUUCGAAUCUGUCGCUAAUGAGAAAUCGGAGCUUCAUACCUUGCAGCACAUGAGCAGAAUAAUUUCAGAAAGGUUGAGCGAAACGAAGUUUCUGCUUGUCUUCGAUGACGUUUGGAAUGGGGACCAACACGAGUGGGAGCAGUUUGAGCAACAUUUCAACAGAGGUGCACCUGGAAGCAAAAUUUUGCUCACUACUCGUGAUGGAAAAGUUGCUGAAGUGGUAAAAUCUGCAGAAAUAUUCAAUUUGGCCUUCUUAUCAGAUGGUGACAGCUGGAAGUUGUGUCAACAGAGUUCUGGAUGGGCCGAGGAAGGUUUAGACUCCGAGUUCAUAGAAGUUGGAAAAGAAAUUGUGAAGAAAUGUGCUGGGGUGCCAAUAGCAAUUAAAUCUCUGGGGGGUGUCCUCCGUAACAAGAGACACAUAAGGGAAUGGAGGGCUUUGAGAGAUAGUGAUUUACUGAAUGACUUGGAUAUAAAAGACAGAGUUUUGGGGUCCUUGAGAUUGAGCUAUUUUCAUCUGUCAGAUAAUCUUAAGCAGUGUUUUUUGCUUUGCUCUAUAUUUCCAAAAGGCUACUUUAUCUACAAAGAUGACUUGAUUUCCCUAUGGACAGCACAUGGAUUUGUCAAUCCGAGGAUUGGGGGCCAACUACCAGAAGAUGUCUGA